AUGGCUCCUCUGGCGGCCGCCGCUGCCGCCGCGGUGAAGAUGGAGGCGGAGCAGGCGGCGAUGGCGGCGGCGGGAGCGGCGGCGCCGCAGCUGGGGCCGGCGCACCAGCACCACCACCAGCAGAUGCAGCCGCGGCGGCAGUACCGCGGCGUGCGCAUGCGGAAGUGGGGCAAGUGGGUGGCGGAGAUCCGGGAGCCGCACAAGCGCACGCGCAUCUGGCUGGGGUCCUACGCCACGGCCGUGGCGGCGGCGCGCGCCUACGACACGGCCGUGUUCUACCUGCGCGGCCGGUCGGCGCGGCUCAACUUCCCCGACGAGAUCCCCUCGCUGGCGCUGUCGGAGGGCACGCUGUCCGCGGCGUCCAUCCGGAAGAAGGCUAUCGAGGUGGGGUCCCGCGUGGACGCGCUCCAGACCGGCAUGAUGGUCCCGCCGCCGCACCACCGCGAGCGCCAGAGGCACCACCACCACCACCUGCCGCAGCUGCGUGUCCACGCGCACGCGGAGGAGGAGCAGGAGCAGAAGCCGCAGCCGCCGCAGCGGCCGGCGUGGAGCGGGCGCGUGAAGAACCCGGAUCUAAACCGGGCGCCGAGCCCCGAGAGCUCCGACGCCGAGUGA